GCGGCGACUUUUCCUGUCACAUUCACACACCCUCUCUGUUUCUCUCAUUCUCUCACUCUCGCUGCCCUGCCUUCCGAAGUUCUGUCGCUCGCCCCCAUCGUACCUCCUUUGGGGACAAGACUCUCUCUCACCUGGACUACGAGCUUCUCCGCUCCUUGCCUCCUGACUUUGUCCACAUUACCUGACCUUACUCUUGCUUCAACCCACUCAUUGCCACACGACUUCUCCCCUCGCCUGGCACCUGUACUAACGGCUGCAACACCGUAA